AUGGCGAGAUUUACGGUAUUAAUUGCGGCGGUGGUACUAGCUUUUGUAGUGGCGGUUCCGGUGCCGGAAGUGACGGCGAAGAAGUACACAGUUGGCGACAACAAGUUCUGGAAUCCCAACAUUAACUACACCAUUUGGGCUCAGGGCAAACAUUUCUACCUCGAUUUCGUGUUCGACAGAAACCAACACAACAUUCUUGAAGUAAACAAGACAGAUUAUGAAAACUGUAUCGCCGAUCAUCCUAUCGUUAACUGGACACGUGGAGCUGGUAGAGACAUUGUUACUCUCAAUGUGACCAAACAUUACUACUUACUUGACGGUAAGGGUGGUUGUUAUGGCGGCAUGAAGCUCGCUGUUAAAGUCGAGAAGCUUCCUCCUCCACCAAAAUCUGCACCUGUCAAGAGCAUUGGUUCGGUUUCAAUGGUCACAAGUCUCGCUCAAUUCGUGAUUCCGGUAUCUCUUUUAAUGUGGGAUGCGAUCUUGAGGAUGUGGUAG